ACCUGAUAGCCGCGCUUUCAUUGGCCGGAGUGGGGGGCAUCGCGCAUGCGCCUGACGCGAACAGAAGCCUCACGCCCGGCUCGCGUCGAGUCAGUGACGUCACCCGGUCCGGCGCCGGCGUCGCGUGCGUGACCGGUCACUCUCCUCUCGCCUUCUCUGUCUCUCGCUUUCUCUCUCUCUCUGCUCAUCCAACAUGGCGGCGGCGGCCGGUGAGGAGCAGUACCCUUUCCAAGGGCUUCUUCCCAAGAAAGAGACCGGCGCUGCCUCCUUCCUGUCCCGGUACCCGGAGUAUGACGGGCGGGGAGUGCUCCUGGCCGUCCUAGACACGGGCGUGGACCCCGGAGCGCCAGGCAUGCAGGUAAGGCAGCACGGGCGGGGUGGGUAGUGUUGCCUAGCGGUGAGAGAAGGGACCCCCAUCUCUUCCUUGGGGGGUGGGGGGGCGAUUUGGGAAGAGGAGAUUGAGCCACUCCUGUUGUGGGGAUUUGGAUAGCAGUGGAGGGAAAACAGAAAAUAUUGGGAAAUAGGUAUUAUUAUUUUUUAAUUACCCAUAAUAAUAAUAAUGAAAUUUUAUUUAUAUCCCGCCCUCUCCAGCAGAAGCCGGGCUCAGAGCAGCUAACAACAGUAAAAUAAUAAAAUCAUUUCAUUAUAAAAUUAAUGAGACUUAAGUGACAGAAUGGUAGGUGUAUUCAUCUGGAGAAAGCCUUAAAGGGUAUGAGAGGAGUCCUGCUGGGGCAGAUGCUUUUUCCCACCCUGGCCAGCCAGAUGGUUAUGGGAAGCAGGUUGGUGGUGGGAAAAUAGAGCCUUAUCUUGCUGUAUUCAGAGGCACGCUGUCUCUGCGAAGUGCACGUAUAACCACUACGGCUUGCAGCUGCUCCUAGGCUCGUGGCAAUUAUUUUUAAAGCUUGGCAGACUUGUUGUGUUGCGAGUAGCUUGCAAAUGUUCGCAGGGAAUCCUUUUAAAGGGCAAAGAUAAAGGGAGAGCGGUUCUUGUGCAUAGAACGUGUUAGCUGAAGCGGGCGAGUGUGUUAAAAAAACGAUGGCAAGGCGGUUAUGGACCAGGCUUGACAAGAGAGCCUGUGCGUGUGGUCUUAUAUUGUAGGAGAGCAUCCUUGUUUUUGCGUUGUACAGAAGAUGACAGUGAAACUUGUGGUGCAUUGAAAAUGUCCAAGCUGAAAGAUGUUAGUUCUUUCCGGUGCUUUUGUCUCUGAGCCUUUGUUCCAAAUUAUGCAUUGAUUGAUCCUGUCACAUGUCUCUGCUUACUUACAGGUUUUGUUGUUUUUGGUUAAAUAAUACUACUAUUCUUCAGAACACUCUGCAACUUAUUCAUACAGAAUUGUGGUAGUUCAUUAUAGAAAGGAGAGAUUUUAUUAAGAUAGAGUUGUACAAAAUGUAAUGAAGGAAUAGCCCUCUUCAAGUUCUGACUGCAAUUGGUCAAGGAAAGCCACCUAAGUAUAGUUAAAUUCAAGGUAGAACAGAUUUAUGAAAGGUCAGAGGAGUUACAUUUCAGAAGCACUUGCCUCAUGUGCAGUGUUUAAACUAGAGAUGGUUUAAGCAACUUACGGUAUGUGGUCCUUCAAACUCACAUCAUUACUGACGGUUGGUUACACUGACUAGGACUGAUGGGAAUUGAGUCCAACAAGAACUGGAGAGGCACAGGUUUCUGAUUUAUGGUUUAAAGCAAUUACCGGUACAUGUUGGAAUAAUAAAAGUAACACUUAUUAUUUGUCCAAACGUGUUAAUGAUAGGUUGCUGGUAGGUUAAUGGUAGGUUGCUGUGAUAAAUUGUUCGCGGUGGAAAAAAGCAAACCAGUUAUGCCAUACUAGGCAUUUGGCUUAGGUUUAUUGACUUUGAUUAUAUUUACCUAGCAAGUUUUUUGAUAAUCAGAUUUGAAUCACAAGGGAGUACCUUGAUUUUUAAUGGACAGGAGGAGGAAGGAGGCCAUUAAUUUUGUUUGAAGUGUGGGUGCAUCACAUGCUAAAUGUUUAUUACCCUUCUCAAAUCAAAUUAAAGCUAGUGGCACACUGCUGCCCCAUUUUAAGCACAAUUAAAUCUUAUUGAUUUAAGUGUGGCUAACUGUGUGCAUAAUUAUGGCUAUUGUCUCUUACAGUAGUACUGCAAGUAGAAAUGUAGCCUGUCUGCUUAAAAGUAAGCCUUCUAGCAAGCAUAUGAAUUUACAUCAACUUCUUUGGUUGGUCUUUCCCCCCCAAGAUCCAGGUAUAUUUUCUUUUGAAGCAAAUAGCACUGAUAGGCAUGUUUCUUGUCCAGCAUAUAUUGAAUGCAUAACAGUCAGCAUUCUCCCUAAGGCUUUUGUUCUAUAAGUAAGUGUAGGUACUUCACUUCACUAGAGAUAAUAUCCCUUUCUCUAGUAAGUAGUAAUUCUAUCCUCCUUAAAUGAUAAAACAUUUUGACACUGUUUGUAAGGAUGCACAUUUUUUGACAAGAGUUGGACCUGUCAUAAAGUUAAUGGAACUAAAAUGGCUUCUGAUUAAAUUGACUGGGUUGGCUUUUCUCACGAGACUGGAGAGAUGAAAACAGGCUCUGGUAAUCUUCUGGAGAUGCUAUGAAGCAUGACAUGAAUGACUAGGGAGGUUGGGAGGGAAUUAAGCUUAAUGUAAUUGUAUUGUUAAAUUUUGCCUCUGGGAGAACUUGUUCUUCAUCAGUUAACUAGUUAUUCAAAGUAUAGUUGCUGUGUUUGGGGUGUUAUAAUUGCUCACAGUUCAUGAAUAAGAUCAAGCAUCUGAGUUAAUUGAGAAAGGUAGUCUUGCAUGUUUGCAUUCCUUAGUGUAGAAACACUCAGUAGAAACUUUGUUGAAAAACAGUUUCCUGGCGGAUUGAAACAUGAAGUACAAGCACAACAGUUGCCAUCAUCAGAACUAAAACUUAUGGGAUUCCAGCUGCUUUCUGUUAUUUAUUUAUUUGUCUAUUUAUUUAUUUUGUAUACUGCCCUUCCUUGAUCUCAGAGCAGUUUACAAGAUUAAAAUGCAAGAUAAAAGCACAAAACACAUUAUAAAAAUAAACUAACACACGUUCACACACACACCAAUGGCCCCCACUCUGCCCACCCUUUCCCACAAACACAUUUAAAAGGGUGUAGGACGUUAAUCAUCCAAAAGGCCUGAUUGAAAAGAAACAUUUUUGCCUGGCGUUUAAAGGUGUAUAAUGAAGGUGCCAGCCGAACCUCCCUGGGGAAAUGAUCACAGGGUCCAGGUAGUAUCAUAUGGAGAGAUGUGGCCCAUCUUCCAUCCAGGCUGGAACAUUGCUAGAAUUUUGAUAGCUGGGUUCUUGAUGUUUGGCUUCUUCUAUAUAUUACGGGGUGGAGGGGGGAGAUAGCUGCUGGCUGUUGCGUGAAUUGUUGGCACUGCUCCUGACUCUCCAUUGUGAAUGUAAGCAUAGCCAGUCUCACCCUUGCUUCAUGUGUACUUACUUCAGUAUAGGUGCUGGAGGGUUUUCACAUUGGGCUGAUCAAUUGCAGACUCCGAGAGGUUUGGCACAAAGGCUGAAUUAUUUCCUGUCCUUCUGAAAUAGGGCAAUUAUAUGUUUGCUCCUGCAAUGUAUUUUGCCUUGUGAUCUUAUCAUUUCCUGUUAAGAUCUGCCCCUGUCUUGUCACAUCCACCCACAUGUCCUUCCAUACAGCUGUUGUUUGUGACAGUAUCCUGUUUGUCUGCUUCUCCCUGUGUUGUAUCACUUCCUAUUGCAUCCCACACUCCUUAUCCUUAUCUCUAACCAUCUCUUUCUCUCUUUUUUUAAAAAAAGAAACACUUUUGAGAUGGAUGUGCGAUUGGACAAUCUUAGUGUUCCUAAUUGGUAUUCCAGGGAUAAAUACUUUAUGGGUGCCAUCUUUGAAUAUUUUUUGGCCAGACAUUUAUACUAUUUUAAUCUAUUAUAUGAACUUGUCUCCUUCCUGAGGUCAUCACCGAAGGACAUCUUAAGGGUUCCAUCUAUGACAAUCAUCCAUUCAUGUUACCUUCAUUCGAAUGGCCUCCUUUUUAUAUAAAAAGGGGCAGGCUUUCUGUUCGCCCGCAGAGCAGUUUCUGUGGCAGAGAAACAACCUCUUCCAAAGCCCUAGCUGACAUAAGGUUGGUUGUGCAGGAGAGAUUUUCCUUCUCUCUGCCCCUCUUUGAGCCACUGAAGACUUUCCCUCCUGUUGACAACAGUGGGAGGGAAAAUAGCUGCACCAUCUCCAGGGAUGGCGUAUUUUUUGUUUGGUUUUGUGGGGAUACAUUGGGGAAACAACAGGGUAGACACAGUGAUCAGCAUCCCCUCAGUUGCCCUCUUGGGAGCUUGGGAUUGUUCCCUUUGCCUGUUUUUAAUCUUCACGCUAAUUAAGUUGAAGCUAUUACUCUUAUUUUGCUGCAGUUAUCUGGAAAAACACAUUAUUGAAUAUGUGUUUAUCAUACUGUGUUUGUGCUCUUUUAAAUCAAAUUUGUACUGUUUGAACGUCGUUAUUCUAUCCUGCCACAGCUCACAAUAUAAUAUAUUUUUUUAAAAUUAAUGCAGAUAACUUUGUUUUAGGAAACAGUUUGUUCCACACCAAGCAGAAGAUGUCCUGCACUGCGUAGGACAUACAUUUUUUUCAAGAGUUCCUGUGUCUAUGGAGCAUUUAUAUUUGUAUCUCCUAAUUUUUUAUUAUUAUUUUCAGAUUACAACUGAUGGGAAACCUAAGAUAAUUGACAUAAUAGAUACAACAGGCAGUGGUGAUGUAAACACUUCAACUGUUGUAGAACCAAAAGAUGGAGAAAUCAUUGGUCUUUCAGGAAGAACUCUGAAGGUAAAGGUUAUUUUGAAUUAAAGUUGGUGGCCUCUUCUGGGUCAUCCUUCGGUUGAAAAUUCCAAGAUACUCUGUUUAAAUAUGACAGGAGUUUACAGAUUUGAACCACAGGCAAAGUACUCUCCAGCUAUAUAUACAGCAGGACGAUCAGUAAUCUCAAAACACUUUGAAAGUCCUAGUUGCGCUCCUAACAUUUAAUUGUACUUAAGUACCGUAUUUAUAAAAAUUGCAUUGGGGGAAUACAAGGCCUAGUUCUUGUCUGUCUGAAGGAAUGCCUUCUAUAGUGUACACUGAAAUCAUCCAGAGAAUUUGCUUUACAGCUGCUCCUCUUAGUAGGUGGUCAUAGGUCAUCACGGUGACAGUCCACCAGUUGGGAAACAAGCCUGCCUAGGGUGCUUGUUUGUCUCCUUACUGGCUUUCAACUAGCAGCUGAAAGCUUUUCUUUUCAAAUCGUUUCUUAAUUGAAUCUAGACUCAAGCCGGACUGUUUGUCUUUUAAAUUCUGUUGUUUUUGUAUGCUGCAUAUGUUUUUGUAUUCUGUUGUAAACUGCCCAUGGAACUUUUCUGUUUAUAAUAAUUCCCGAAAAUUAACAGCAUACGUAGAGAUUGGCUCACUCAGAAUGCGGCACACGCAAGUUGAUACUUGAUAUUUAUACUGAGGCUUGUGAAAAGAUUUCAGAGUCUACAUGGCAGCCAGAUUCUUAAGACAUUGUAGCUGUUCUAAAUCCCCACUUCAAGUUUUUACAAACCCUGAUAGCUUGGCCCUGGUGAUUUACUUGUUUAUUCAGUGCAGUCCUGUGGCUGCAGUCCAGAGAAUGGACUGGCAGGAGUGAACCCUUGUACAUUGAGAUAUUGCUUGCUGUUUUCACUGAACUGUUCCCACUGCCAGAGAAACAAGCUACCUUUUAAAAGAGCAGCUUCCCCCUUUGACACAAGAAACUGCAGUUCAUCAAGAAAAGCUAAGACUUUGUGGAUUGUUCUCUUUCUCAUAUUUAUUUAUUUAUUUAUUUAUUCAUUGCAUCCCAUCUUUACUGUCUUCCAUAGUAAAAGGUCAGCCUAUUGGGUAAUUUGCUGUUAUGUUGAGGCCUAGAGUCUUCAAAGGCCUUGUUUGACUGACACCAGAGUAGUAAACUCUUAAGAUGAAGAGAAUAUCCUCAUGUUUGCCAGUAGCACUCAAGGGUGCUCUGUAGUCAUGCGCUUUAGAUUUCUCUGGUGGCAUUGUCAAGUUUUGCAACCUGAUGCUAUGCAUGUUUACUUGGAAGGUCAAUGGGUUGAAGCCAGUGGUGUCACUCAGCUGAUGACAAGGCUUCCAACAGGAGAAUAGGGUGGGGUUAAUUUUAAGUGAUUUCCCUUGCCUCCCAGUCUGCUGGGGAAGGCUACUCAUCCUGCAGCAGAUUGGGAAGACUACAGAGGGGAAGGGGAAAUAGUUGAAAAUUGCUUCUCUCCCCCAUUCUGUGAUGGAACCCUUGCUGUCGGCUGGGUGACACAAUUAGAUAUCACCUUAUGAAUUAACAACCCGUAUCAGUCCUACCCAGAGUAGACCCAUUGAAAGUAGCGGACAUGAGUAACUUACGUCCAUUAAUUUCAGUGGGUUUGAGUAUAACUCAGUUUGAUGCAACCCAAAAUCUACAGCUUCAGUCAUAUUCCUAAUGUAUUUUUAUAACAUCAUUAUUUUUAUUAUUUAUUAAAAUUCUAUACCACCCCUCAUCUGAGGAUCACCGAAUGAUUUACAAUAUAAAAACGGGAGAAAUACCAUGGUAACAAACAAAAACUAGCCCCCCCCCCCAGUUUAAAAGGCCAUAGGUUGUUUAAUUAGCCAAUGGCCUGCAAGAAAAUGAAUGUUUUUGCCUGAUGCCUAAAGCUACAUAAUGAAGAUGCCAGGCAGGCCUCACUGGGGAGAGCGUUCUCAUGUUGCUUUCAUCCAAACCUCAUCUGGAGGAGGCACCCAAAUAAGGGCCUCAGAUGAUGAUCACAGAGUCCAGGUAGGUUCAUAUUGAGAGAGGUCAUCCUUGAGGUAUUGAGCCAUUUCGGGCUUUAUAGAGCAAAACCAGCACUUUGAAUUGGACCCAGAAACUGAUUGGCAGCCAGUGCAGUGAGGGCAGGAUUGGCAUUAUAUGCUCAAACCGUCUUUCACCAGUGAGCAACCUGAUCUCCUAAUUCCGCACCAGCUGAAGUUUCCGAACUAUCAUCAGAGGCAGCCCCACGUACAACAUGUUGUAGUAAUCUGGCAAUGGUCAUACAAGGCGACCAAAGCAAUGUACCUAUAAAAGAGACAAGCAUUCCUGUAGCUGUAUAACAGAGAAUAGAAAUUUGAUUGUGAAAGAACUGAGAAUAGGCUGGGCGUUAAUUAAUAUUCUUUGAAUUUUGUUGCACAAUACUAAUCUUCUUAUUUCUUAAGUCCUUUGCUUGCAUCCCAGGGGUAAGCCCAAUUGAAUGCAUUAGACUUAGUUGGAUGUACAGUAUAUAGGCAUAUGCAUAGGAUUUUGCUGUGAACAGGUUUAGCAGUUCACCAUUCUUAUUGUAUAUAUUUUGUGCAUGGUCACUGAGGUGGAUAGAACGGACAAAAUAUGUAGAUUCCUAAAUUCUACCUUUUUCAGAUCCCAACAGACUGGGUAAAUCCUUCAGGAACAUAUCACAUUGGCUUAAAAAAUGGUUAUGACUUCUACCCUAAAGCUCUCAAGGAAAGAAUACAGGUAAUUCUUUGCAUCUUCAUUUUUAAAGUCUUUAAUUUGUAUACAGGCUCUCUUUUUACACCAAAUUAUGCUGCAAAAGUAGCAACAGUACAUUAGAUUUGUUUAUUUGUAUCUACACACCCAAACAUUGUAGACCAAAAGUUUCAUAGUACGAAAGUAGCGCAUAAUAGAAAUUAUGUUUAGCCUGAAACAUAAACAUAAAAUGCUGAAUUUCCCUGGCAGAUCUCAACAUGCCCAUUUAAAAAGUGGGAAAAAUUGUUGCUCUUUCAGCAAAUAUUCAAAUAAAAUGAAGUAGGUUGGAAUAAAACAAAUUUAUUAAAGUUAUGUAAAAUUUAAAAAUAGCAUUAAAACAAAUUUAAAAGCCUGAAAACAAUGGAAUAAGCCUUAGGUUACAAUCCAAAGCCCCAGUUUGCUGGGUGAUGGUUUCAUAGGGCAACGGUCUCCCUCUAACUUGCCCAAAACAACUCUCCUGGCCUCUACCUGUUGAUAGAUUCCCACUGGAGGUAGCCUGCAGAAAGUCCCAAAACAGAUCAUUCUGGGGAAGUAGCUGAGCUGGCCUGGGAUUCAAUGGAUUUUUAGUUGACCUUAUUGCCAUCACUUUGCUCUGCUAGCCCAAACUAGGGAAGAGUGGUUUUGCUUCUCCCCCUUUUUCUCCAAUAGGCAUGAGUGGUGGGCAUGUAGCACCAGUUGUACCGCUGUGUCAUUCCCUGAUAUUUCCCACCCAGAGUUAGGAUUGCUCUGUUAGACUCUCAUGCUCCCUCCUGCCCUUCUGUGCUGUGAUUUCCCCUAUUCCUUCCUGGUUGGCCAAUGUUUCAACCCGCAAAGUGCGUUUUAUACUUGCCCUAUGUGAUUUAGCAUGGCAUGCAAGCCCGCCAUUUUUGGCACAAACCCUUUUUCUCAUUUGAGUGUGAAAAGAUGUCAUUGUUAAAAUUCAGUAUAUCAUCUCUUGCAGAAAGAACGCAAGGAAAAGCUUUGGGAUCCUGUUCACAGAUUGGUGCUCGCGGAAGCCUGCAGGAAGCAAGAUGAGUUUGAAGCUGCUCACAGCUCUCCAUCGCAGGUUACUAUUUUAGAACGAACUCCCCUAAGAAAUAUUGUUCUGUGUGACAAGCAGAUUUCCACUCACACAACAGAACGUCACACAAAGGGAGGGUCCCCCUCAAGCUUCUAGAACAGAUUUUGGAGUUUGAGGGGGAGGAAGAAAGGGAUGUCUUGUUUCAUGGGUGGAAGUCCAUUCUGUUUGUGUCCAGCCACCCUUGCAUAAGACCUUGUGAUCCAUUUUGUAAUAAUAUACACACAGGUACCUAACUUCCACCUUUCUCUGCAGGCUUCAUCUGCACUGCGUCGUGCAGAUGAGGUUUUGCCUUCUGUCUUGGGCUAUGAUGCUCCGUUGCGCAUGGCAUAUGCUUAUGUAGCUGUAAUUCGGGUCUAGCUGUACGUAAGCAAUCUGUUCAGAUAUAACUGGUUGCAGAAAAAGGGGAGGGGAGCAAAGAUCUCAUUCAGUAUGAAUAGGCUGCAUCUUCAUUUGUAAUUUAUGCCCUCAGCUCCCACUGAAGCGAGUGAUACACACAUGGCACAGCUGAAUCCGGGCAUCAUUGCGUUAGCAUACUUUAUGACAAAUUCUCAUCUUUCAGGAAAGCAAACUGAUGAAGGAAGAGCUUCAGAGUCAAGUGGAGUUGCUGAAUUCUUUUGAGAAAAAAUACAGUGAUCCUGGCCCUGUAUAUGACUGCUUGGUGUGGCAUGAUGGUGAAACUUGGAGGUAAUUUUUUUUUUAUGCCCUUAAAAUACGUAUUGUCCCUAACCUUAUCUGAUAUUUUGAAGCCGAGGGAAACCAAAAUGAUUAAUGGGAUGGAGACACCCUCCAAUAAGGAAAGUUUACGGCGUUUGGACAGAGAAGUGUUUUCUUCCUUUCUCAUGACACCAGAACUCAAAGCCAUCCAGUGAAACUGAAUGUUAGAAGAUUUAGGGCAAACAAAUGAAAGUAGCUUAGAAGCAGGGGUGAAGAACCUGUAGCCCUCAAGGUGUUGUUGGACUACAGUUACCAUCAGUGCAGCCAGCUCAGUCAGUGGUUGGGGAUGGUAAAGUCUUAAUGACAUCAGGAGGGCCACAAGUUAGUCACCCCUUCUUUGAAGCCUGACCACUAACUGGGCCAAAUGUCACCCUGCCCAGGACUACUGCCACUUACUUGGGUGCCAGUUUUUAAGAUUAAUCAGCUGGAGUGAAAAUAGUUCCAUGUAGGAGGUGCCUGAUGUUGCUGAUCUUUUAGCAGAGGGGAUGAAGUGAGCCACCCUCAUCUCUUCCACUGAGGUACACAGCUGGAACGGCGGCUACCAAGUGACAGGGGGUAUGUUGGAUGUUUACUAGGGGCCUGUGCGUUACCAAUGUUUAUUUUCACAAAUAAAGCAGUUUGGGAACUUGCUCUUCAGUCCUGCCUAGAGCUGCUGUACAACCGGUGAGGCACAAAAAAACUAAAUACCGUAUUUUCCGGCGUAUAAGACGACCCCCAACUUUUCCAGUUAAAAUAUAGAGUUUGGGAUAUACUUGCCGUAUAAGACUACACCUCUUCCAACACACACCAAAUAAAAAUUAAAAAACCAGUCUCUAGUCCCGCUCGGAAAUCCGCUCCACUUCCCAGUGGCCGGGGGGCUUCUGGGGCCAGUUUUCAAGCAUAUUUCUGCUUCAUCUAGAGAGCUUGGUGUUCUCUGAUUUAAUUUGCUGUCGUUUUAUCCUUUGGUGGGGAGUUGCUGCAGGAGCUGCUGCUGUAGCUGGCGUAUAAGACGACCCCCGACUUUUGAUAAGAUUUUCCUGGGUUAAAAAGUAGUCUUAUACACCAGAAAAUACAGUAGUGUGUUUUGGUGCAGGCAGCAUGGCUGAUUGGGAAACCCUAAACUGAUGAACUCUUUCAUUUGUGGAAUCAGGUUCAUAAACUUGGGAACCACUGCAUGUAUUGGAAUGGCAGGAUAUUAAUUACCCUUUUUGGAUAGUUCAAUACAAGAAAAGAAAACUGUUAACUUGCAAGGUGUGUAUAUGUUCUUUUCUCUAGAGCUUGUAUAGAUUCAAGUGAAACUGGUGACUUUUCUAACUGCACAGUUUUACGCAACUACAAGGAAGGUCAAGAAUUUGGAUCGUUUGGCACGUCGGAGAUGUUGAAUUACUCUGUCAAUAUCUAUGAUGAAGGGAACUUGCUCUCGAUUGUCACCAGUGGAGGUAAGCUUAAUCAUCCAGAAACAAUUCUUCAGUGUCCUUCAUUUUCUUCCUUUUCUAAAUGUAUAGUUUGCUCUGUUUGGAAAGCUAAUGUUUCAGAUAAAUUAGAUAAGAUAAAAGGGAGGAGCCGUUGUGUUAACAUUCAGUUUCAAAGGUCAUUCCAUAAGCGGUAAGACGUGCUCACAGGCAGAUCUACAAAAAGUCUGAGCCUAUUUUAAUCACUCCAAUGCAAUACCUGAGUGAAGAGCUCCACUGAUGUGGUUGCAGUUUGUCACAUUGCAUGGACAACCUUCACAACACAAUAACACAUGGAACUACACAUUCAUGAUUUUCUGUGAACUGCCGUUAGGCCUCUGGGUAUAGGGCAGUAUAUAAAUUCAAAAUAAAUGAAUGAAUGAAUAAUCAUGAGCAUUUAUAUAGCUGCACACAUGAACCAAAGCAGUCUAUGAAAGAUGAGCAUUGCCACCUUUGGAGCCCGUUUGCAGAACAGCUAUCCGGAAUGCCUUUCCCAGUGCAAUUGUCAUGCUGAAUGUUACAUCAAAGAUCACGUUGAAAGGGCUUUGUCAGCAUUGCUUUGUAAGUGGUGGUAAGGAAAGCUGUAUACCCAAACUUGUAUGAAAAAAGUGGUUCCGCUCUUUUGAUGUGCAUUGUCUUUAUUCUUUCAGGAGCACAUGGGACACAUGUUGCUAGCAUAGCUGCUGGGUAUUUUCCAGAUGAACCAGAUCGUAACGGGGUGGCCCCUGGUGCACAAAUUCUCGCAAUUAAGAUUGGUGAUACGAGAUUAAGCACCAUGGAAACUGGCACUGGCCUUAUCAGAGCUGUAAGUAUUGGCAGAGUUGUUACAUGGAAGACUAUAGAAUCAUAGGAUUUGCAAGGAUCAUCUAGGCCAAUUCCCUGCAAUGCAGGAAUCUUGCCCAGCGUGGGACUCCAACCUCAGCUAUCUCAGACAACGCUAGUACAUGUCAUGUGUCAAUGUGUUUUUGGAGGGGAGUGCAGGUAGAAUUUUGUUCAUUAAAUUUUGUUCCAGUUGUCCAUGAAAUUCCCCUUUACUUCAAGGGAACAGUAGUUCUUUGGAAAUGAAGAAGUGCACACUUGCUUUCAGAGUACCACUGCCAAGCGAUUAGCAUGAGUGUACAUAGCAAGCGGCUAAAAAUAAUUCUGAGCGGUCACUAGUGGCAAAGAGUGAAAGGUCACACACAUUUUAAUUUAAACAAGAGAUAGCCAGCUGCUUCAAUUAAAUCCUCCUCAGACAAGCUGCCUGAGGAUCACACGCACAUACUAUUUAUAUUAAGCAUUUUCGCCCCAUUCUUCGGUCGAAAGGCUGCUGGAGUAGCUUAGUGGAAAAAUAUGACCCUGCACAUUGACCGAGAAGCAGUCGUUUAGGUCUCCUCUUCCCGCCAUCUGCUGAAAGAGCUGUGUCAUAACCACCUACCAAAAACUUUAAAGAUGCUGUGUCAGACACACCUUUGUAAGAAGGCAGACCCGCCACCAAAAAGACCCUUGCUUGGGUCCCCACACCAUGGGAGUAAUACCAGCUGAUGAUGAUGAUGAUGAUGAUGAUGAUUUAUACCCUGCCCAUUAAAAACUUCCCUAAACAGGGACCUGCUUCUUAAAAGUUGUAUGUGAUCCUAGUAAAAAUGCCAGUUAGCAAUAUUGUGCAAGCACAGUGCCGCAGUAUGCAUUGUGGUUUAAGCGUUGCAAUUCUCUUAACUUCAACAGAUGAUAGAAAUAAUAAAAUAUAAGUGUGACCUUGUCAACUACAGCUACGGAGAGGCAACUCACUGGCCAAAUGCUGGGUGAGUAGACUACGUUUUUAUGACCUUUACUUUGUUCCGUUGUGGGUAGCCAGCUCCAGUAUCCUAGUUUUCAGCUUUCAUCUACCGGAGUGUCUCUUGAUUUGCACGUGGUUCAAGGGAGUCUUGUUGUGCCCCAGAUCACUGGCCGAUUCCGCUUUCAAAGCCUAGGACAUGGGUAGGCAAACUAAGGCCUGGGGGCCGGAUCCAGCCCAAUUGCCUUCUAAAUCCAGCCUGCGGACAGUCCGGGAAUCAGCAUGUUUUUACAUGAGUAGAAUGUGUUUAUUUAAAAUGCAUCUCUGGGUUAUUUGUGGGGCAUAGGGAUUUGUUUCCCCCCCCCCCAAAAAAAUAUAGUCCAGCCCCCCCACAAGGUCUGAGGGACAGUGGACUGGCCCCCUGCUGAAACACGUUUGCUGACCCCUGGCCUAGGAGCUGGGAAGAGGUGGAGGCUCUUUGAAGAGGCAGCCACUGCAAAGCGGUGCGUGUAACAUGAAGGAAACAAAAUAAUGGGGGCAGGAGUCAUUCAUUUAAUGUGGCAUCACUUCUGCUUUGGAACACAGUGUCCUCUUUUAAAUACUUGCUGAGAGUUUUCUGUUUCAGUGGGCCUAUUCAGACAUGUGAUUUGGACACUUCUCUAUUUUCCCCAUUUGUUUUACAUGUUAUAUUGAAUUGUUUUUAGGUAUUUUUAACAGUUAAUAUAGGGAUGCAGGUGGCGCUGUGGGUUAAACCACAGAGCCUAGGACUUGCCAAUCAGAAGGUCGGCGGUUCAAAUCCCCGCGACGAGGUGAGCUCCCGUUGCUCGGUCCCUGCUCCUGCCAACCUAGCAGUUUGAAAGCACGUCAAAAGUGCAAGUAGAUAAAUAGGUACCACUCCGGCGGGAAGGUAAAUGGCGUUUCUGUGCGCUGCUCUGGUUCUCCCGAAGUGGCUGAGUCAUGCUGGCCACAUGACCUGGAAGCUGUACGCCAGCUCCCUCGGCCAAUAAAGCGAGAUGAGCGCCGCAACCCCAGAGUUGCCCACGACUGGACCUAAUGGUCAGGGGUCCCUUUACCUUUAGCUUUUAACAGUUAAUAUAUACGUUUCUCUUUUAUUUUGUAUUUUUUUAUCAUAGAGGUGUUUGCUGCCUUGGACUCCUUAGGAGCAAUUUAAAUUCAAUAAAUAAAAAAUAAAUAAAUCUUAGUUGCUAGCUUAGUGUUUCCCCAACUUGAGCUCCCAUGUUACAGACUGGUUGGAUGCAGAGGAAUGGUGGGAGGAACCAGCUGGGGAAGCCCCAAGGGAAGAAGGCUGAGAGCCUGGGAAGUAAGCAGUGAGUGGUCAAAGGGGGGACAGGGAAAAGACUGGGAGGAGGUGUCGGAAGCUGGAGAAGUAACAGGGUUUGGUGAGUGGGGGGAGUCUGUGGCAGAGAGAAGUCCAGAAUCAGGCAGAAGCUGAAGAGGGAGGCCAAGAGGCAGAGAUGACUCUGGCUAAUGAAGAAGCAGAAAUGUCUCUACCUCCUUCAACAAGCUCCCUUCCCCACUGGUCUCCCAGAACCAGGAGAGGCAUGAAAAGGGCAGAGGAAAAGUUAGCUUCGCACAGGCACGGUCUCGCAUGGCUUGGGAAAAGCCCUGGAGAGGAGGGGACUUAGGCAGCUGUGGGUAGGCGGGGACCUUCAGGCCUGGCAACUACUUCACGGGGGCAAGACUUGCCAGAGAUGAGUUGCUGUGCUCAUUAGGCCUGACACUCCUGUGCAGAUCCUCUUUUUGCUAAUAAAGAGUUAACUCCAACUUGCUAAGAGUGAUUUACUGCUGGCUCACUCUUCUUAUGGGACUACAACUCCCAUCAUGCCUAGCUAGCAGGACCAGUGGUCACGGAUGAUGGCGGUUGUAGUCCAACAACAGCUGGAGAUUCAAGUUUGAGAAAGUGUGCUAGCUCAUAAUUUUUAAGGGAGGCACUACAGGAAGUUAUCAGUUGAAGACAGUGUGCUGGAUUUUCCAGUCAGAUAUGUUGGCCACCUACAGAUACCUGGGGGACGGAGAACUGAGGGCAUUGGGUUAUUGCGGUCAUGCAGGGAAGUAUGUGGAAGGGUUGUUGCUUGCAGCAGGGAUGGGCAGAACGUAGAUUGGGAAUUACUGGUUGAUUGCUCUCUGGCUGGCGUGCAGUAAAUUGGCAAAUGCUUCUGGUUCCUCUUUUCUUUUUUAAGAAUAGCAACCACCAGACAAUUUUCCCACCUAAAUUAGAAAUUGCUGUGCUCAACAAGUGCUCAGAGACACCCUGUUCUUUAAUUUGAAGUGCAUGUAUUUCAAGCUCUGGUUGAUAGAUUUUUGGGGUUCUAGUAGAAAAACAAAAGUAGGUCUGAAGAGUGCCCAUAGGGCUGUUGAAGGAGGACACAGUUGCCCUGUGACUUGGAGGGUUUUAAAAAUAUUUUUUGCUUUUGCUUUUUUGCGCAGUGAAAAGCGCACACCCAGUGAAAAGCGCACACUAAUGCAGAAUUUGACAUUAUAACAUUUUCUUGCCAAGUGAUUCAUAGCUUUAGUUUUGGGUCAACUCCCACACUCUAAUCAAGGCAUUUUGGGAUGGGAGGCACCUUUGUGUGUUUUUUCCGGACAACCUGAGCAGCAGUCUGUUUGACUACAUUCCCAAAUGCUUCAGAUUAAGAAGGCAGGGUGCUCAUCCGUUACCGCUUUUCUUGAAACGGCCCUCUUUCUGUUGGAAGCCCUGGCCUUUCUCCAUCCAUACAGUGAUGUCACAGAGCUGCGUAAGUGGCAUCCGCUGCCAAGAAGUGGGCAGUAUGUUGCAAAUAGUAAAUGGCUUUAGGCUGCAGCAUGCAGAGAUCUUUCGUUGACAUUUUAAAUGGUUUUACUGAAGGAGUUUCAUAGAUAACAAGGGUACAUACAACAUCUCUGUUCUCAGUUGAUAGAGAUCGUUCUAGAGGUCAUUUACAUUCAUUCAGUGUGAGACGCUGCUGUCAUAGACAUGGGAUGGAAUGAAUUGGAGAGAGAUGGGGGGGGAAGAAAAAUGAUUUUUCCAUUCUUUGCUUCACAUAUGUGCAGAAUUUUUGUGUCAGCAUCAUGAGGAUAGGUUCUUUAUUUGUUACUUUCUUUUGGCGCUGUGAGAAGUUGGAGAGUAAAUCGCUUAGCGGUUCCAUUUAUCAUAAAGCAGUAUAGGAAUGUUUUUAAAUAAAUAGGAAUCUCUUCAAUGAAAACUGUCCAGCUCUGCCUAUGAGCAUUUUUCACAGGAGAAGAAGACAAGCAAAAAGGGCACCUGCUCAACCUUUUUCCUUUCUUUCUUGCAACUCUUCUAGGAGAAUAUGUGAAAUUAUAAAUGAAGCUGUAUGGAAACACAAUGUAAUCUAUGUUUCAAGCGCUGGGAACAAUGGUCCUUGCCUUUCAACAGUUGGUUGCCCAGGUGGAACUACAUCUAGUGUGAUUGGCAAGUAUUUUUAUCACUAUAUUUCUAAUUACAUAACAAUUCUGAGAAUGGAAAGAAACCAAUAUUUUAUUGAGGCUGGGAAUAGGUUUGGUGAUAAGACCUUGUAUUCUCAACCCCUUCAUCUUCCAAAUAACAUUCCAGGUGUUGGUGCUUACGUAUCACCUGAUAUGAUGGUUGCUGAGUAUUCCUUGCGAGAGAAACUUCCUGCAAAUCAGUACACUUGGUCAUCUCGAGGUCCUAGGUAAGUGAUAUAUAGAUUCAUGAGCUCAUAUGAGGCGUCGCAUUAUUUGACAAAAUCUGCCUGAAAGUAAAGGGAAAAUGUGGUUUUAAAAAACCUCGCUGAUCUCUGGGCCCUAUACUGAUGUAAUAGGAAUGACUCCUGAGAUAGUUUUGCAGCUUCCUGCUUAUCGUAGUGAAAAAUAGAUGCUGAGCUUUGAAAUAUCAAAUGCUGCAAGGUGGUCAUGAGCAGAAUAAGCAACACAGCCCAAGAAACCUUGUGUAAUUUAUCUAUCAGUUACAAGAUCAGGCCUUUUUCUUUUUUUCAAAUUUCUGAUACUUUGCCAAGAGCCUAGUAAGUAAGAAAGAAUCAAAUCCUAAUUGAUUUUAUUCAGAGAAGUGUUUGAGAAAAGACAUUAUUCCAGAAGAGACAGGAGUGGGAUGAGGAGAUAAAGGGUUUCAGUUAGUGAGUAGAUGCAGGCAACCAUUUAGCAAGUGGUAACUUAGUAUAAUAAAUAAUAAAAAUAAAAUAUAUUUCUUGUAUGCCACCCAUCAGACUGGGUUGCCCUAGCCACUCUGGGCAGCUUCCAACAAAAUACAGAGGGACAAAACAAAACAUCAAACAUUAAAAGCUUACAACUUGGCAAAGUAAUUGUUUCAUCCUGUCAAGUAGUGAGCAUCCGUAGCUGAGUAGCAUAAGGUUCUGGCUUCAAUCUCCAGAUAAAGGUUCCCAAUAAACAGUGGCUAGGAAAAAUCUCAGCCUUGUAUGCUAGAGAGCCUCUUGCCAGUCAGUGGACAUUUGGACUAUGUAUGUAAACCAAAAGUAGCUCCAUAUGCUCAGAUGAAGUGUGUGUUGCCAGGUGUACAUAUCCUUCUGUAAGUGGAUUAAAAAACUGAAUAAAAAAAAUCAAGAGAGAGGAGAUAGGUGACCAUUUCCCCCCCAUUGCUGGACAAUAUAGAUGGUCAGUAUCAAGUGAUUGUAUGCACACCACGGUAAGUCACUGCUUGGUAGGCUGUCAUCUAUAUUAAUGCAGCAUGUUGAUGGAUUAGCAUUCAUGUAUUUAGGAUUCUCUUACGGGAGUCAGAAGGGGAUUUUGCAUGGUUUCGUCUGUGUAUGACUCUAAAAGAGGAAUAAUUGAACAGCUUAUGACAGGCUUCCUCAAACUCGGCCCUCCAGAUGUUUUGAGACUACAGUUCCCAUCAUCUCUGACCACUGGUCCUGCUAGCUAGGUAUCAUGGGAGUUGUAGGCCAAAAACAUCUGGAGGGCCGAGGCUGAGGAAGCCUGGCUUAUGAAGUAACAGGGGGGUUGUUGGUGUAUUAACUAUAUUUUUGCUCUAUUUUCUAUUAAUUUCAGUACCGAUGGAGCACUGGGAGUAAGCAUCAGCGCACCUGGAGGCGCUAUUGCCUCUGUCCCUAACUGGACAUUACGAGGGACACAGCUCAUGAAUGGCACAUCGAUGUCUUCACCGAACGCAUGUGGUGGCAUUGCCUUGGUACUAUCAGGUAAUGUGGAACACCACUGUUUAAAGCAAGGUUCAUUUUGGUUAAAGCAAAAGAGUGUUUCAUAAUGUGCAAGAAAUUCAUAUGAUAAUGAAGAUUCACUUGUGAGGAGCAUUUCUCUUACUGCUGUCAAUGAAUUCCCCACCCCUUUUCUCUGUUACAGGACUUAAAGCUAAUGAUGUGCGCUACACUGUUCAUUCGGUCAGGAGAGCGCUGGAAAAUACUGCGGUGAAGGUGGAAAACAUACAGGUGUUUGCCCAAGGACAUGGUGUUAUUCAGGUAAUUACAAGCUGGAGCGCAAAUAAACAUAUCCUGUUGUAGUCAUCAAUAGUGUCUCAGUCUUUUAGGUCAGCUGAAGAACAAAUCUAUUUGUUGAUCAACAAAUGUAUCCCUGGUCUUCCACUCCAGUAUUUGAGGUUUAGCAUAAAAAAUUUCCUGUACUACUUCCUAUAUUUCUUCCUUGUUUUCAGUUGGCUCUCAUUCAAACCUAAUGGCUUACCAGACAAUACUGAAGCUGCAAACUAAGUGCUAAAACAAAUGCUUGAAAACAAUGCCUGAGGCAAGAGGCGAUGCCUGAUAUACAUUUUUUAUUUUAUUUAUUGAAUUUAUACCCCCAGGUCUAAGAGCAGUUCACGGAAUAAAAUGAAGAUCUAAAACCACAAAAUACAUAAUAAAAUGAAAACAACAACCCAAUACCCCCCCACACACAAAAAAAAUAUUUUAAAACGGCAUAGGAUGUAAGUUGGAUCAACCAAAGGCCUGGUUAAAAAGGAACGUUUUUGCCUGGCGCCUAAAGGUGUAUAAUGAAGACGCCAUGUGAACUUACCUGGGGAAAGCAUUUCACAGACAGGGAGCCACUGCAGAGAAGGCCCAUUCAGUGUUGCAACCCUCUGAACCUCUUGAGGAGGAUCUCAGGGGCCGGAUAGGUUCAUAUGGGAAGAGACAGUCCUUGAGGUAUUGCGGUCCUGAGCUGUUUAAGUGGCUUCUUUUAUUUUCUCAUAACCUGUUUUAUUCGUUGCUCUUUUCAUUGUUCUUUUGCUACCAGUUAGUUGAUUGCAAUCCUAUGCACAUUUAGUGAGAGUAAAUCCCAUUGAACACAGGCUUAGCAAAGACCCUGUGUUGUGGAAGUUUUUCUGUGUUUCUCACACAGUUUGGCAUAUGGUGUUACUGCUUAUCCUUAUAUCCUGCUUUUGAAAGAGCAUGCUGCUGAGUACCCACAGAAACACUAUUUAAAAUAUGAUAAUUUGAAAUCCAACCAGAUUUGAAAGAGAUAGAAAGUGAUCACACGAUAAAGUAUAAAGAUCCUCUACAGUGCCAGCUUAGCUGAGAAGGUCCUCCUAAAAGGGAAUAUAGUGGUACCUCAGGUUACAUAUGCUUCAGGUUACAUACGCUUCAGGUUACAGACUCCACUAACCCAGAAACAGUGCUUCAGGUUAAGAACUUUGCUUCAGGAUGAGAACAGAAAUUGUGCUCCGGCAGUGUGGCAGCAGCAGGAGGCCCCAUUAGCUAAAGUGGUGCUUCAGGUUAAGAACAGUUUCAGGUUAAGAAUGGACCUCCGGAACGAAUUAAGUACUUAACCCGAGGUACCACUGUAUCUUCAUCCCUUUUCUAAUAGGGUGAAAUGAGCUGUCCAGGUGUUCUCGCUGCUGGGUCUCUCUUGGCAAGGGCCUCUCCCAGGGAAGUUGACCUACUGAAAACAUUUCCCCUUGCCUUUGAACUGUUGGGCUCUUUUUCUUGUUUAGAAAGGCUGUGGCACAUUUUGAAGACGUUUCGUGCUUUCCUGCCAGGCUGGAAAGAGCCUUGCCCCGUGGAAACACUACGAAGAGCGCUGAAUUACCACUUUUAAGCCGACAUGGGCAUGAAAGUCAUAAAUUUUUUAAAAAUGAUGAUUUCCAUGGGCUUCCACAUUUUCAGUAAAUUCCCUUUUGAUUUCCCUCCCCGCCCCUCUCUCAAUAGGUUGAUAAAGCCUAUGACUACCUCAUCCAGAACUCAACAUUUGCUGACAACAUAGGCUUCACCAUUACUGUUGGCAACAACCGUGGAAUCUACCUCAGAGAUCCUGCCCAGGUAGCGGUGCCUUCUGACCAUGGUGUUGGCAUAGAGCCCUUCUUCCCUGAAAACACAGGUAGGAAAGGUGCAGCGAUAUUAAAUAUUUUCACGGCUGAACAAAGGGGAAAGUACGGGCUUAUGUUUAAGUUUGCCAUAAAAUCACAAGAAAACUUUUAAAUUUAAAAAUCCCUUGUGUUUAUAAUUUCUUCCUAAUUAAAACAGCUUCAGAUGGAUGGAGUAAAAUCCUUAACUUUGCACAUUCUUCUUCCAGACAACGCUGACAGGAUAUCUCUCCAGCUUCAUUUAGCUUUAACUUCAAACGCUUCCUGGGUUCAGUGCCCUACUCAUCUGGAGCUCAUGAACCAAUGUAGACAUAUUAACAUUCGCGUGGAUCCGCGUGGCCUGCGAGAAGGAGUUCACUAUACAGAGGUAUUGUCUCUCUUUUUUUGCAAAUUAUAUUUUAUUAGUUUUCAAAAAAAUUAAUGAAUUUACAUCCAAUGAAUACAAUUUAAUACAAAUGUAAAGUUAACUUCCUGCUCUGUUGGUUGGUUUUGGGGGUUUUUUUGGCCGUGUUUCCCUCCCCCCCCUUCUUGCAGCAAUUUAAGUAAAUUCCUUUACUUAAAAUUGUUUAACAUUUUUUUUAUUAUUAUUUUCAUUUAUCCUUUUCCAUCGGCCGUUCAUAUUUCAGUUAGUGCUCGUAACUAUAACAUGUUUCUGAUAAAUUCCAUAUAAUUACUCUUCACUGGCCUUUUUAGUCUUGGGAUGUAAACUUUCCACCAGUUUGGGUUGGGCUCUUGACAAUCAUUUGAUGGAGCAGGCGUCCUCCACAAACCACCCCCUGUAGCACUGGCAAGAGGACAGUAACAAAGUUCAGCUUGAAUUGCUCCAAGAGGCUGUUUGCAGAGGUAUGGUUUCAGAGAGGCAGAGGGGAAAAUUUUAGGAACACGUGUUCAGGAAGCAUUGUGAAUAAGUUUGAACUAACAAGCCCUGGGCCAGGGGUGAUGUCACGGGACUGCCAGGGAAUGCCUUUGAGGAGCGGGAACAGUCAGAGGGAGACAGAGGAGGAAGUGACGGAUGGGGAAGAGGGAGAGAGCCAGGAGGCGGAAAGGCUCUCCGAUGCUGAAGCAGAGCCCCAGCACCGCACAGGAAGUUCAGGAACAGACAGUGAGCCUGUGGCCGUCUGCACAGGAGAGGAGAGGGUUAAAACGGAGGGAGGAGAGACAUCCCAUGAAACUUCCCCGUCUUUUCUGUUGGAGGAGAAGCCGGAGAAGGCCACUCCCCGAAUCUGAACCGGACAAUUCGGACGCAUGAUUGUAAUGUGCUGCUUGUACAUAUGUAAAAUAAAGAACUGUAAAUAUCUCUGAGUGAGCAGACGCCUUAUUGUGAAGAGCAUACACAAGCCAUCACAGAUAGGCAACCUAAGCCCACACAUGCUCUGAGGGACGGUGGACCGGCCCACAGCUGCAAAAGGUUGCUGACCCCUGCCCUAGGCUGUCAAAAAUUAUGUGCAUUUGUUCACAAGGUGAAAGGGAAACAGAAUGGCGUGUGUUCAUUACAGGACUAUAUUUAAUGUGUUAGGGCAAAGGUGGCCAACACAAUGUCUUCUAGAAGUUUGUGCAGCUCCCAUUGACUCUUCUAGCUGGGGCUGAGUGGAGUUGUAGUCCUACAGAAUGUGGAGGGCACCCUGUUGGCUAUGCCUGCGGUACAGUUCCAGAGUUCCAGGAAGUAUAAUCGUAAAAGAUUAAUACAUGGCAGCUUAUCAGUAUCUUCAAAGGACUGAGGCUUGUUUUUAAAGGCAAUUCCUAAUUUUAUUGCAUUUUCAACUUUUUUAGGUGUGUGGUUAUGAAAUAUCUAUGCCUAACGCAGGCCCACUCUUUAGAAUUCCAGUGACUGUUGUUAUACCAGCAAGGUAAGUGACUUUUUUUUUUUUUUACUACGCCUUGCAAUGCUUUAUUGAAAACAAACUUGCAACUAAUCUUCAUGGGAAGAUCUGGCUUCUAUCUCUACCUUUGUAUCUUUCACCACUACCAGUAGGCAGAAUGCAAACCUUCCCUUAUAUAAUGCGAUAGUUAAAAUGGCAAGAGUGAGCACUAGCAUAGAUCACAGGCUAGAAAGCGGGACAACAAAUUUCCAGGCUCUGACAUGGACUCAUUGUUAGAAUUUUGAGAAGUCGCUUACCGUCCCAUCAUUUCAAUGGGAAUCAUUUACAACACAGUAAGGAACUCUCUUGGGGACGUGGGUGGCGCUGUGGGUUAAACCACAGAGCCUAGGACUUGCCGAUCAGAAGGUUGGCGGUUUGAAUCCCCGCGACGGGGUGAGCUCCCGUUGCUCGGUCCCUGCUCCUGCCAACCUAGCAGUUCGAAAGCACGUCAAAGUACAAGUAGAUAAAUAGGCACCGCUCCGGCGGGAAGGUAAACGGCAUUUCCGUGUGCUGCUCUGGUUCGCCAGAAGUGGCUUAGUCAUGCUGGCCACAUGACCCGGAAGCUGUACGCUGGCUCCCUUGGCCAAUAAAGCAAGAUGAGCGCCGCAACCCCAGAGUCGGCCACGACUGGACCUAAUGGUCAGGGGUCCCUUUACCUUUACCUAAGGAACUCUCUAUAAAUUGGUAGUAGUGACAGUACAUAAGAACUCUGCUAAAUCAAACUCUCUAGCCCGGCAUCCAAUUUUCAAAGUAGCUUUUCCUUAGUGUAUGUCUGCAGUAUCUGAUAUUCAAUAGUAGCAGCAGCAGUGAUGUCUCCUGUUUGUGUUAUACACAUCUAAUGCUCAGGAAAUGUUUAUGUAAACCAUGACUUGACAUAAGUAUAAUGAUUUGCCACUUUAAAGGAGCCUGAAUUAGUUAUCAUUGAGGGUCCAGUUUCCUGUCAGUGUGGAUCUUGAUUAUUAUGGAAGCAUUAACAGGUAUCUUAAACCAGUUGCUCUGAUCAGAGCCUCAUUUUUCUAAGAGAGAGAGAGAGAGAGAUGCUUUUCCUGCAUUUGUGAGCUACGUGAAUUGUUGACUCUAGACAUCUUUAAAAUACCUUGCAUAUUCCAACCUGUAACCCUCCCCAUAAGGUUUUUUGCACUUUCUAAACUUUUCCUCUCUUCACAGAACAGAUGAAGCUUCACACUAUGAUCUCAAGUUCACUGACGUGCAUUUUAAACCUGGUCAAAUCCAAAGACACUUUGUUGAAGUCCCUUCUGGAGCAACGUGGGCUGGUAAGCCAAAUUAGGUAGCAAAUUGUCUCCCUGAAUACUUAGGGAACUUAACCCAAAUGUAUGCUGCCGAAAAGUUAUUGUACGGUUUAAAAACUGAGUGAAACUUUCUGUAUUUGCAUGUCACUUUGAGUCCAGAUUUUAAGUUGUCACUGCUUAAUUCUGCACCUGUUUGGAAUUUGUGUUAUACAGUACAUUAAAAGAUAAUCAGUGUAUCCUUUAUCAAAGCUUUAAGCACACACUCGGCCUGCUAGCUUCAGAGGAGUGAGUCAGAGGCCCAUAGAGCACUAGGACUAAAGCUGUGCCUUUUCUCUUGCCUAGAAGUAACAGUAUGUUCCUCAUCACCUGAUGUAACUGCCAAGUUUGUUCUCCAUGCGGUUCAACUAGUAAAGCAAAAGGCGUACCGAAGCCAUGAGUUCUACAAGUUCUCUUCAAUACCAGAAAAGGGAUCAGUUACUGAAGCUUUUCCUGUCCUAGUAAGUGGCCUUGAAUUCAGAACAGAGUUAAGUGCUGCUGUAUAGAGUGCAGUAAUAGGCAAUGAUGACUUGCUGAAUAUUGUGGUGGUGUUUUUUUUUAUUAAAAAAAAUUCUAGCUACUCCUGUGGGCCCCCUGCUUCGAUGUCAAAAGGGGUUUGUGACCUCCUGACUCCUCCAAUUUUGUCAUUAGAAAAUAAGAGAAUGGAACUUAAUGAAUAGUGAAUGGUUAAAUAAAAGAUAUAAAAAAACUGAUCAGAAAGUUGUAAACUGCAAUUUUGGCCAUGCCGAUUUUCAUAUGCAGCCCCCAAAUGGUUGAAGAUGGGUCAGUGCUGCUCUCGGCCCAGAAAAUGUUCGCCUUUCUGCCCUAGAUUAACAUUAUGGGUUCAUUUUAUGAAUAAAGUGGCUAGCCAUUUAUAGUUUUCCUAAUAGAAUCUGUGUGGGCUAAAUCUGAAGUUGUCUGCCUAUGGCAGCCUGUUGUUGCAUGACUAAAGCAUGCACAUAGUAAUUAGAGUUGGAUGAUAAUGGAUCCUUUAAGGUAGUUUUGCAGCCAAGGUAUUGUUGUUUUUGUUUUUAAGUAUUCUGAGCUGCACUGGAAUUCUAGUUUUUUGGGGGGGGGUGCCUCGUAAAGAAUGAAAGUCAGAUAUACAUCUAAAUCUUAUUUUUCCCCCCUAUGAAGGGUGGAAGAACAAUUGAAUUUUGCAUUGCCCGUUGGUGGGCAAGCCUCAAUGAUGUCAGCAUUGAUUACACCCUUUCCUUCCAUGGCAUAGUUUGCACUGCUUCUCAAUUAAACGUUGUGAGUAUCAUUCCAUGUUGUCUUUAUUUUGCUUUAUGGUUCAUUUAAAGGGUGGGAGAAAAUGCUUGGAGAGCUGUGACUUCUUGGUAUGAAAUUCUGUAGUCGAGGUUUUUUUAAAAAAAAUCAUGGAGUGUUAUUUUAAAAUAUGUAUAGGUUGCCUUUCUGACUCAUCCAAGCCUGGCUGACUCAUCGUGGUUGACUUAAUUAUUUAUAUGCUCAUUCUUUUAUCUGAAAUGUGUUCAGCAUUUUAUCGUAACAUAAAUUAUUUGAAAGGUUCAUAUUCGGAGGCUUUGCCGCCUCUCCUGCUUUAUUUGGGGGUUUGGUGUUUUUUUGGGUGCUGCUCCCUUUUCUCCCCUUCCUUGCUCUCCUAAUACCCCAACUUUCCUGCUGUCUCACUGGCUUCUGGCUUCCUGACUUCAGAAUAACUGAAUGUAUUUUUCAUAAAUGUGGUGUGCUUGCAUGCCCGUCUCCUUGUAGAAUUUUCAAGCUUACUAACCCUUUAUUUUUGGGAAGGGUUGUAGGUCAGUGGUAGAGCAACUGCUUUGUUCAAUCCCAGGCAAUCUUGAUGCAGGGCUAGGAAUGUCUCCAGUCUGAAAUGCUGGAGGGUCACCGUAGAAUAUACUGAGCUAGAUAGAUCAAUGGUCUGAGUUAGCUUCCUACGUUCCAGUUCACCAAAUGCUUCUUCAUGUAGACGUUCGCAUGCAUACCACCUAAUUCAUAAUAACGUCCAGCAGAAAAUAAGUCCUAACAAGCACCCCUUAUUUUUUUAGCAUGCUUCGGAAGGCAUCGUGCGCUUUGAUGUUCAGACAACAUUGAGAUAUGAAGACAUUGCACCUUCCAUAAAUCUGAAAAGCUGGGUUCAGACACUAAGGUACAGUAGUUUAAAUCAAAAACCAGGGAGCUGUGUUGAUCCGCAAUAUGUUUUGGCCUAUGUGAAGUGAAGGCCAAACAAGUUUCAAACUAAGCAACUCUUCCAGAGGCUGAAUAGGAAAGUACAGUCAUACCUUGGAUCCCAAACACCUUGGUACUUGGACGUUUUGUCUCCCAAAUGCCGCAGACCUGGAAGUGAGUGUUCCGGUUUUUGAACUAUUUUUGGAACCCGAACAUCCGAUGGGGCUUAUGGGGCUUCCAAUUGGCUGCAGGAGCUUCCUGCAGCCAAUCAGAAGCUGCACUUUGGUUUCUGAACAUUUUGGAAGUCGAACAGACUUCCGGAACGGAUUCCAUUUGACUUCCAAGGUACGACUGUACAGGGAUUUUUACAGGAGGGUAUGAUGUUGAUUCCUAUCUGCAUUUUGUUUCUGUCUUAAAAGUGGCAAUGGUAAAAGCUUCCUGCAGGUGUUGGUAGUGAUUCUGCCUCAGGAUACACAGCAGCAGAGUAGUUAAAUUGGAAGUUCAUGUGUCUAAAACAAUGGGAUUAUUUCCAUUAGUGAUGUAAUGGAAAACCUAAAGCUAGAAUCAUGAAUAUUUAGCAUGACUUGGGCUAAUGAGAGUCACAGUCCUGAGAGCCACUAGCAGAACAGACUAUACUGAACUCCAUUGCUCUGCCCUCUUUAAAAGGCGAGGUUGGAUACCACCCAGGUUUUUUAUGAUGAUAAUUUUAGGUUGUUGGAACUUUAAUUUUAUUGUUUAAAUUUUGUACACCACUUUGCAUGAGAAUUCUUUCAGAAAAGUGGCAUAUGAAAUUUGUGAAAUGUCUUUUUAAAAAUGCAUCAUGAACCUAGCUCCUAAUGCUUAUCAUUGUAUUGCUGAAUUACAGGCCUCUGAGUGCUAAAAUAAAGCCAUUAGGAUCACGGGAUGUUUUGCCAAAUAAUCGGCAAUUGUAUGAGAUGGUUUUGACGUACAACUUUCAUCAAGUAAGUUCGCAUUGUUAAACAAAAAAAAAUACUGUUCUCAUAUGUAGGUUGCAUUUAAUGCAUUUAACUGUAUGUUAAAUAUAAGCUAUGUCCUAAGCUGUGUGUAUAAAGAUGUGGUUUUUAUUAUUGAAUAUCCUCAACAUUCUCUGACUUUUUUCAGCCUAAGAGUGGAGAAGUUACUCCGAGUUGUCCUUUGCUCUGUGAGCUCUUGUACGAGUCAGAAUAUGACAGCCAGUUGUGGAUCAUCUUUGACCAGAAUAAAAAACAGAUGGGGUCAGGAGAUGCUUAUCCUCACCAGGUAUGUUUUGUUUUGUUUUGUUGUUGUAAUGCAUUUUGUGUCUUUAUCUUUGCUUGUAUGUUUUUGCUGUGGACCGCUCUGAUUGAGGGCGGUAUAUAAAUUAAAUUCAAUACAUAUUAUUUUUUAGUUGUAUUUAUCAAAGAAGGGAAAUUGAUCAAAGGGACAAAUGACAGAUUGAACUGAAGUGUUAAGCUCUACUGUUUUGUUUUUUUAAUUCAGGGUUUAUUGUUCACUUUACGAAGUAUUGAUUGUUCUUUGUGCUAAAGAAAAGCUUUAUUUCUCUCUUCCUUAGUAUUCCAUGAAAUUGGAGAAAGGCGAUUACACCGUUCGGCUACAGAUCCGCCACGAGCAGAACAGCGAACUGGAUCGUCUCAAAGACCUUCCGUUUAUUAUCUCUCAUAGACUGUCUAGUGCCCUGAAUUUAGAUAUUUACGAAAGCCACACCCAGGCUCUCUUGGGGAAGAAGAAGGCAAACAGUAUGUCUCUGCCACCAAAACAUAGCCAGCCCUUCUUUGUUUCCACUUUGCCAGAUGACAAGUAAGUAGCUUGCAUCCUCUUACUGUGUUCAACACUUUAUAAAGGUUGGGAACUGUUCAGACUCGGGUAACGAAAGCAGGUGGUCUGUGUUCCCUACGUAUUGCCCUCCAGUGGUCCAGGAACCUCUGUCUCACCCUGUCCCUAGGAAGCAGUUCCUUCUGUGAAAGGCUUGACUAGAGACUGGGCUAGGGGGAUACCCUCAGCUCCUCUUUCUCCAAUCUCCACCGAGAAUAGAUGUGGAUGUUUAGAUCUCUUUUGCUACUCUCCCUACCUAACACAGCAAAGCAAAGAGAGCACAUUAGGCUUGGCUUCACAACUUUUGACUCAGUGUGUGUCUUGCCCCAGUCCUUCGCAGCUUGGGGUAUGCUUUGCCAUAUUUCCCAGUCCCCUGUUACACCAAAUCUCUUCUGUGACCAUUUUACGCGUUGGGCGUUUUAUACUAUGUACCAUUCAUUUUGUGCUAUGGUUCCCUUUUUGUUAGAGUACCUAAAGGAGCAAGUCCAGGCUGUUACCUUGCAGGAUCAUUAACCCUUUCAAAGACUGAUCUUGGAAAGAAAGCGGUGAGUUGUUUUUUUAUAAAAACACCCAAGUUCAUAAACUUGCAUUUUUCAAAAAGAAAACUGCCGUUUACUGCCAUUUUAAAUGGCUGAUAAUUUUCCACGCAGCUCCAAUGCCAAAUACUAGGAUUCUUCUGUUUAAAAAUCAGUUUUUAAUACUUUUAGCUUCAUUUUGAGUGUGUACGUUCGCAAUAACUUCCAGUACUUCAUAUUAUCCAACACUUUAUAUUAUGAGAGACACUGUCAAGACAUACUUAACAUAGUGCUUUUUAUCCAGCUAUUUUUCCCUUUGAUAGUGUACUUUUUUGCACCAUAGAGCACAAAGUCCUAUCUCACUUCCUCUAGAUGUUGGAGGUUGUUAGUCUCCAAUGCUCCCUCGUUUGAUGCUCUAUUGGUGUGAGGUUUCACCUGCCUUAUAUAAUACAAAGCUGUAAAAAGUGAUCUGGCAUCCUUUGUAUUUAUGCAGAGAUCUAGGAAAAUAAUAUUCUCCCUCAAACAGAUUUUCAUUAAGGAUACAAACCAGUAAGCUUUGCCCCUGAGCGAAUAUGUGUUCAUUUCAGUGAUUGCAGUAACAAUAGUGUUUGCUGGAUUGUGCCCGAGUCUGGUUGCAAAAGUUAAGUCAUUUUCUUUUUUGCUCACUUCACAUUUUUAAGGAUUACUUUUUUAAAAAUCUACUCUGUGUUGAGCAGGCUAGAGGUCACUUUCUAAUAGACAUAAAUUCCUUCAUUCUAAAAGGUUAGGUAAGUGAGCUAAAUGUAAUAGGAUUGUGAGAAGGUACGACAAAAUCUAAGACAUUUCUAGAGGUCAGCAUCAAUAUAAUUGUGAUCCAGGAACUCUCUCAGCAGCCUUAUACUUCAUUUUUAAAAUUAAAUCGCCUUCCAAAUAAGCUUCUUGGUCAGAGCUGGCCAAUUAUGGAAAAGGGUCAUUCGUCAGUUUCAUAUUGGACUUGUAGAUUUCUUAUGCCAUGUUGGAGUGGGAUCGGGGGGCGAAUUAGGGAACCACUUGCCAAUUGUACCUUCUGGCCACACCGUGGCAGAAAAGAGCGGAGCCAUUAGCAACAGUGGCCAAAAAUAGUGGUGUUAUUCUCCCUACACUUAGGGUUUUUUUGAGCUGGUUUUACCCAUAUAGAAUAUUUUUCUGCCAUCCUGGCUCGCUUUUCUGCCUGCUUGCAUCAGUACAGGUGGAAGGUGAUAUUAGCAAUUAAUAGUGCUUACAGAAGAACAGUGCCUCCAGCUGUUUUUGGACUACAACUUCCAUCAUCCUUAGCUAGCAGAACCAGAAGUCAGGGAUGAUGGGGAACACUGCAGUAAAGUAUUAACAGUCGAUUACUCUACUGCAGUAGAUUAACAGUCGAUUCUACCCCAGCUCAUUUUCUUCUGGGCUGUAAAUAUUUUAUCUACCAGUGCUAAAGGAUUACCGUUGUAGCACAUUUUGGUGAAGUACAGCCAGAAGAAAAAUGGGUCAGAACCUGACAUAUUUUUGAAGAUGCUUUCAAGACCAGUGGUCACGAUCCGCUCGCCAAAGAGCAGUCACUGAGAAGACAAGUUGGUCUCAAGGGAGCACCUUAGGCUAGGUCAUAUAGAUAUUUAAAGAAAUUUAACACGGUGGCCAUAGGCUUACUUAAACAGGCCUAAGUGCUUUGCCCUAUAUCUUCCUGACCUUAUUUUUUGUGUGUUUUGAUGCUAAAGAAAUAACUUCGUUAACGGCGGCAGUGUUGUGUGCGGGAAAAGCUGUUGACCAAGGAAGGCAAGGUAUAAUGUAUGAGCAUGUCAAUGUGUGCUUAAUGAUUUCAAGAGAACCAAAGUCUCAAGCUGACUUGAACAUUUGGUCAGAAUUUCUCCACACAGUCCUGUUGCAGAGUGUUAAAAACAAUAGCAUCCAUCAUGUUGCGUUCCUGCUACAACCAGCGGCAUAUUCAGUGGGAGACAGAAAUUGAGAUGUUCAAUUAGUUAGUGGGGUUUUUUUUAACUUGGGACGGGGAGCAGCUCCCGUUAACUUGUUGCUAAAUAAUUGAGAUUGCCACAUUCACUUUAUGGUGGCCAUGUCAAAAGCUCAAUUUGUUUAGCUCUCUUAACAUUCACUUGCUUUUUUAAAAACAACAACACCUAAAGUGUAACAGGAUACAUUAGUUUUAUUCUAAUAUGCUCAAAUAUUAUCUUAUAAGCAAUAUUUAAAGGGAACAAGGCACUGACUUUUAGGUCCCUGAGUAGAGAACAAAAACAUGACGGAGGAGGUGGCUCCAUUCCACAGAGUUUUGUGCAUGUGUUCUUACAGUGUGUUAUUCUAACUCCCAGGGGCAGUCUGCAGCAAAGCGACAAGGAAAGUUUAAAAAGGUACUGAUCGUCAGUUUUUGAAAGAUGUGCUUAAGUCUUUUUGCAUAUGACUUAAAGUAUUAUACUGAGUUGACUUCUCUGUAUUCGCAGUUGCCUUUAAUACAAAAUGAACCAUGCUUCUUGAGCAUUGCCUCUUUUUUGGAAUAGUGACUCAUUAUAAUAUAGCAGUGGUAAUGGGCGUACACGUAAAAAUUGGACUUUGCCCUGCAGAAUCCAUUUGUUUCAAAGGGAAUUUUCUCCUAUCUAGCUACUCCAACCCACGAGACUAUCCAUCAGCCACAAAGAUGAGAUGAACUAUACAUACAAUGUUCAUACAGUGUUGCCAUUUGAAAGCCACCAUUUGCAGGUCAGGACUAUAAGGCCCGCCAUGAGAUUCUCAUAAGGCCUGCCAUGGGUUCCAGUUGGGCCUGCAAGGGCAUUUUUCCCAAACCACACCCAAAUGCCCACAUACGACAUCAGGCCCAGGACAGGUGGAGUUGCAGCUGCCAGUGCCUUAAAGUGCUUUCCCAAUUGUGCAUUGGCAAGGGAGGCUUGUGGUUGAGGGAGUUUAGUCAGUUGCGGCAGAAAGUUAAACCCCAAAUUGGUGCCUGUCAUUGACUUGAAUGCUCUGUGGAGCUCUCCGUUCUUUAAGCUCUAUGGAAUCAGCUGCGCUGAGUUUCUCUUAUUGGAGGAGACUCUGCAGUCAGCCAGUCCUUGAAAGGAGUUGCAAAAUGCUGAUGGUCAACUCUUUGCAAGCUCUGCAUGAUGUCCCCAUGAUUGCAAGCACUUUAAAGCAUCCAUCACCUGAUUAGCCCACCUGUCUAAUUUGGCCUGCAAAGGGUAUGAGAAAUUGAGAUUUGGCUCACCAUUCAUAUCUGAUUUGCCACCCCGAUCUGGCCCAGUGUUGCCAGCUUUUAGAGACCACCUGCUUAGUGGGUCGUGGAAGGAGGUCUUUCCCAUCACCUGCUAUGUGGGGUUGUCAGAGAUUGAAGGUGCGACCUUCUCCACGCAGAGAAUUUACUCUGAUCAUGGAGCUGUGGUGGCCCAGUGCAUUUUCUUAACACAGCUCUCCCCUUUACAUUAUCAUUGUCUGGGUUAAAUGAUUGCAACGACCAGUGCAAAUAUUAUGAUAGAGCCAUCGUGAUCUAGGCAGAGGGAAUGUUACUCCUGGUCCCCCUUGCUGAACAGACGCUUCCUGUUCUGCUAGCAACAUUUUGUGGAAUAGAAUUUAAAUCUGAUUGCAUCUGAUCUAGAUUAUUAUAACAGUGUGAGAUUGUAAAAGAAGAGGGGCCCUGCGCAUUCAUGGUCUCAGAAUCUCUGUAUGUGCUUGGCAAAUGAAACUGAGCGAACCCUGUGCUUCCUAUGCAGAGGUUUGAGGUUGCUGUGGAGUCUGAGAAAUAUUUCCAGAAGGUGCCUUCAGUCUUCUCUUGGAACGAACAAUAUUAGUAGCCUGCUCUGUUUUGUGUUCUUGUGGUGAGGGGGGAUGUAGCAAACUGUUCAAGAGCAGUCUACCAACAGAUGGAGACAGCAGGUGAAGAUUACAGGGUCAUUACCAAUGUUGUUUUAAGCAUUUCUUCUCACUUGUUGUGGAUUAGCACUGUCCUGCUUGAUUUGUGCUACUUUUUAAUGCCAGGAGAUCAUUGCUGUUUUUCAAGUGGGCAGUUCAUUUAUUGUUCAGGAGACCUCGGUGACCUUUUUGCAUUGAUCCCAUAAACCAGGGGCAGGAAACCUAUCCCUUCAGUGAGGAGACACUUACCAGAAAACGCUAACAUGUUUUCAACUCUACAUACUAAUUUAAUUUGAUCAUACUGUGGCUUCUGAAUUUGUACUGUGAUGGUGGUGGUGCUGCUGCCGCUGCUGAGUUUAUAGCCUUUAGAAGACAUUGUUCAUCUGUUGCUUGAUAGCAUAAUUCCUAAAAGUGAUUUCCAUUUGCCUGGGUCUGUUGUACCUUGGGGAGACUUCUCAUGGAUUCUUGCAUUUUGAGGGCAUUCGUGUUAUAUAAUGCUGCUGGAAUUAAUAUUUUGAAAGAAGAAUCACAUGUACAUAACUAUGCAUUCACAUAAUUUCCUCUGAAGCCGUGCAUGCAACAUAGCUUCGUGACUUUCUCUUUGAGCACCGCAAAUCUCAGCUGAUAAGUUUCCUCCUAGUUGCUGUUCCCAUUCUUUUUUUUUGUUUUGUUUGUGAAAGUGUUUAUAUACAGCCGUCUCAUGAAAUAUAAGAUCAGGGAAGAAAAAAAUAUGUACAAUAAAACACAAUUGAAAGCAGAAUCUUUGAGAUGACUGGCUAAAUUUUAAGCAGCUGCAUGGGCCUCCUGGAACAGUUCUAGAGAACUGGGCAGAAAAGCAGUGGUCUGGCUCUGAUCCUUGUCUUUUAGGAAAGGGAGAGCAGUUUCCCUUUUACAUGAGUCUACUUCACACAUUUCACUGAUUCACACUGGAGGCUGUGUGUUGGUUGGGGAGAGCUCAGGGAUGAAACCUACUCUCUGGGGAGUCAAUAGACCCCAACUGAGAUGUUCUAAAAAGAGAUGGAUUUGGCAGGGACUCUGAUUUAGUGAAAGCAAGCUGCUGUACAAGAGUUCAACAAACCAAGGAUGGUAUUCUGUAGUCAUACUUUGUGUGUUUUUCCUUCAGCGGAAAAUGGUGGUGUGAAUAGUUGCCUUUUUUCAGAAACCUAACAUGUAUCAAGAUAAAAGGUUGUAUUCUGUGUAGCAUCAAGCGGUUUGCUGUGUCGGCAUAAGAACAGUCUUCCCCCCAUGUUGACCCUUAGCCUGUUCUAGGGUUUCCCCCCAAGCCUCUAGUGUAAAUUUGGAGAUGGUGCAGGGCAUAUGCAGGAUGGGAAAAUCCUGUUGCGCUAUUGCUAAUCCCUGCACUAGUGCAACUACUUAGUUAAAUACUGCGCACAGGUAGUUAUUGUUAAAUUUGAGGUUUCACCAUGUUGGGGUUUGACGCCAAUGCCAUUGUAAUGAUCUUUUUUAAAACAAAAAACAAAAAAUUAAAUACCUACUUGAACUAUGUGAUCAUGAGAAUUAUGACAGUGCAUAACAGGAUGGGAAGAUUAUGAUAAAUUAUUUUUUCCCACAGCUGGACUUUUCUGGUCAGGUUUUUCAUCUGAACAAAAUUCCACCGUGUUACUGCACCAGACAUAAUUUGUUUGCUCUGUUGGACAGCUGCAUCUGAUGCAUUUUCCUUUAUUGGGGGGAAAAAGUUAGAAAGGGAGUGUGAGGUUUUGGAAUCAAAUAAGGCACAACACAUUUUAAGUCCGUCUGUUGGGGUCUCUGUGAUGGAAUGAAUGUGUAAGUCUGCUGGCUGAAAUUACUUUGGAUCACAAUUUUAAAGGCUUAGGUGAAUAUACUCAAUCAUUUGAGCUACUCCUUGAUCAUUGCAUAAGCUUACCUUCUUGUGCGGCUUCAGACAUAAGCAACCGCUCCCUUUUACUACUGCAUUGCUCUUUCAGAAGUAUAGUGUCAAUAGAUGUGUGAAACAGUCCCUGGAUAGGGUUGUACUUCUCUUAGACCAAGUGAGCAGCAUACAGGUGCAUUCGGACAUUGGGGCUGCCUCUGAAGACAGUUGGGCAGUUGCAUCGUCUGCCUGGAUGCUAGUGGGGGGCCAGAAAGUCACAAAACAUAACUCCAGUUUUGUGCCGGUCACACCGGCUUACCAGUCUGUGCCCAGUUCAGAGUGCUUGUCUUUAACCUUUAAAGCCCUAAGGGCCUUGUGAGCAGCUUAACUGAAGGACCAUCUUUGCCCAUAUAAUCCUGCCCAUAUGCUAAGGUCUGCUUCAGGAGUGUUUCUGGGGUGCCUGCCAUCACGUUCCAUUAGGCUGGGGUGCGCGAGAAAUGGGGCCAAUUACUUACAGUCCUAGAACUGUGGAACUCCAUGUUUUUGACUUGCGUAUCUGUAACAGCGUGCAGGCAAACACUGGUGACCUUUCUCUUUAACUGAGAUUACAAUUCACUUGUGUGUUUACAGAGCAAUUUUUUACAAGUACUCUGUAUUCUUGCUGAUGUGAUUAUCAUGCUUGUAUCUUGCUUUGCUCUUGUUUGUGUAGCGUAGCCCUAAGAAAAAAUACUUGGAAAUAAAUGCGAGAGAAUAUGGCUGCGCUUUGAGUACUAUGCUUCCCCCCCCCCCCCCCACUUCUGCAGGAUAUAAUUCCAGUUCACUAUCAUCUGAUCCCAUCACCAAUAAAAAGUAAGAAUGGCAACAAGGAAAAGGAGAAAGAGCCUGAAAAGGAAAAAGACGCAAAGGAUGAAUUUGCUGAAGCUUUAAGAGACCUGAAGAUACAAUGGAUGACUAAGUAAGUUUCUGUUAUUCUCCUAGUGUCAAAUUGCAUCCUUCAAAGAACGGAUUUAUUAAUGGAGUUUAUGUCCCUUUUCCAUGGUCUGCUACCCAGGGACUGCUCCGUCAGCAGCUUCAUUCAUACUUUUUUCUCUUUAGGCUCGAGACCAGUGACAUGUAUAAUGAAUUGAAAGAGGCCUUCCCUAAUCAUCUGCCCUUGUAUGUUGCAAGACUUCAUCAGCUGGAUUCUGAAAAGGUGAGAAGCAUUUAAAAGAAACACCAAAAUUGCACUUGGCAGUUUUAAGUCUGCUCUCGGCCACAUAUUUGUACUUCACGUAUCUUAAGCUUUGAAUUCAGUUCUCUGGGCAGCCUGGAAUAGCGAACCCUCGUACCUACAGGACAGCCUCUCCUGGUAUGCCCCGUGGAGGACCUUAAGGUCCAUAAAUAACAACACUUUGGAGGUCCUGAACCUCAAGGAGGUUAGAUUGGUCUCAACUAGGGUCAGGGCCUUUUCAGCACUGGCCCCGACUUGAUGGAAUGCUCUGUCACAAGAGACCAGGGCCCUGUGGGAUUUGACAUCUUUCUGCAGGGCCUACAAGAUGGAGCUGUUCCACCUGGCCUUUGGCUUAGACUCACUUUGACCCCUUAUAUGGGAUUUGGCAUAUAAAUUUUCCCUUUGCUUUUUUGCUGGCCCAUGUAGGACCAGCAUGGAUAACUGGCCCGGGUGAAUAUCUGAUGUUUCCUCCCUUUAUGGUCUUGAUUUAUGAGCUACACUAAAAUGAGGCUGCAUUUUAAGCUGUAUUUUAAGCUGUAGUUUAAUUAACUGUUUUUGUUUUUUUCUGUUACAUUUUAUUUUAAUUUAUAUUUGGUGUUAGCCGCCCUGAGCCCGGCCCUGGCCGGAGAGGGCGGGCUAUAAAUAAAGAUUUAUUAUUAUUAUAACUUAAAUUUUGUUCAGGGGAUUAGUACUUAUACAGAUCAGUGCUUUGGUGAGUUUGAUGCAUAAGAGCAGGAGUUGGAGAUCAGAAAUUGGCAGUACUGAGAAACAAGCAGCAGAACGUUUUAAUUUUCCGGAAUAUUCUGUGACUGGUUUUAAGGUGGUCACCCUUGAAUAAAGGUACUCCAAAUGAAAAUUCCAGUGUGAAGCAACUAAAGCAAAAUAGAUUGGGCGUUUCAGUUCUGCCACAUGUAGCUCAAGCCACAAUCAUACAAUUUUAUCAUGCUCAUGUGUUAAAUUAGCUUCUCAAUACCUGGAUGUUUAUAAUCGCUAACAGUGCCCUGUUUGCUUCUUGGUAAUUAUCUGCUUGGUAAUCCUCUUGCAUUUUCCUCCCCUCAGACUUAGUUCCCCCUAAAUUCACCACCAUAUAUAUGUACAUAACAUGGGGCGUAAUGGUUGGGCAAGGACCUGGGAGAGCAGGGUUUGAAUCCCCACUCAGCUAUGAAGCUCACUGGGUGACCUUGGGCCAGUCACCAUCUCUUGGCCUAACCUACCUCACAGGAUUGUUGUAAGGACUAAAUGAGGAGGGGGAGAAUCCUGUACAUCACCUUGAGAUCCUUGGAAGAUAAAGGUUGUCUAUAAAUGUAAUAAAUAAAAUAAUAGGUUUCCCAAUUUAGGAUUGCCUUUCCUUCAUUUGAUGAAGUUGUCCACAAAAGCCUAUGCCAUAGUAAGCCUGUUAGUCUUUAAAGUGCCACAAGAUUUUUAAAGAGUGUUGAUCUUUAAUACAGUGUUACAUAAACCUCUUUGGCCUUUCCCUCCAAUACUGCUGAAAACUAGUAACCACCAGCAAUAUUUUAUUAUCCCGGUAUUACAGCAAGAGGGGGACGCGGGUGGCGCUGUGGUCUAAACCACAGAGCCUAGGGCUUGCCGAUCAGAAGGUCGGCAGUUCGAAACCCCACGAUGGGGUGAGCUCCUGUUGUUCGGUCCCUGCUCCUGCCAACCUAGCAGUUUGAAAGCACGUCAGAGUGCAAGUAGAUAAAUAGAUGGCGGGAAGGUAAAUGGCGUUUCCAUGCACUGCUCUGGUUCACCAGAAGCGGCUUAGACAUGCUGGCCGCAUGACCCAGAAGCUGUACGCCGGCUCCCUCGGCCAAUAAAGCGAGAUGAGCGCCGCAAACCCAGAAUUGGUCACGACUGGACCUAAUGGUCAGGGGUCCCUUCACCUAUUGCAGCAAGAACUUAAACUGGUAAAUGACAGAAACAUAUUCAAGUUGCUUCUUUUAGGGCUUUAUGUUGAAUAUGUUUUCCCCCAAUAUUGUGCAACAUGAUUCCUGAUCUUGUGUUAUUGGGUCCAUGACAAAGGUAUUGAAUAGUUAUGUUAGCCUAUUAUUGCAUUAAUGUCUCUUCAUGCAUGAGUAAUAAUGCAAUGUGCUUUGUUUGUUUCCACUAGGAAAGAAUGAAAAGGUUGAACGACAUUAUUGAGGCAGCUAAUACGGUUAUCUCACAUAUUGAUCAAACAGCCCUCGCCAUUUAUCUUGCUAUGAAGACAGAUCCCAGACCUGAUGCUGCUACUAUAAAAAAGUACCUAACCAGUAAAUACUUUUUCCUUGCAUCUUAUUUCUGCAACUUGGCCUAAGGCUGUCCCCACUUUGUAGCUUCAAAGAUUAAGUCACUCUAAAGCUGAAAUUAUUUUAAAGAUCAAUUCCGUGAUCCUGAUAGGACAACUGUGACCACCAACCAACAUAAUGUCCAUUUGUUGCAGUGAGCCUUAAUGUGUUGAACUUUUUGUGUUGGAUUGUGGCCAGUGACAAUUAGAAGCAGCUUUGAAUUGAAGCUUCUUCUGUCCUAAAUUUUAGGAUGAAAUGGAUGGUAGUGGCUGGGAUUUUUAUUAUGGGUGUUGUAAGUGGUUAGAGACCAUGAUCUGCAUGAGCAAUCAGGCAAGAGUCUUAAGUUCAGAAUUGAAAUCCACAGGUUUUCUAAGCAGCAGCUUGUGAACUAUUAUUCAAUACAGAACGCUGAAAUAUUCAGAAUAAUUACUGGACUGAGUUAAGACCAGAAAUCUUGCAUUGGGAAUACAUUAUAACUCAGCCUCCCCCACCCCUCCAGAUGUUUUAGAUCACAACAUUUGUUUUGCUAGUAAGAAUAUUGCAUAAUGCAACGCAUCCUUUUAUUUAAAGCUUGCAAUAGUCCUAUAUGAUAUUAAUUGAAAACCUUUGACAUCAGUUAUAUUUCACCAUCUUUUUAAAACAUGUCUUAAGUAUCAAUUUCUUAAAUAACUAUAUGAAUUACCUUUAAAGAUUUCAACACCAAACAUUUAAAUGAAUUAUAUAAAUGGGUAGAAAUUCAGUUCCCUUAGAGCAGCAAGCAAUCUGUCCUUAAAUCUGUUGUUCCAUAUAUGAACGAGAUUGUCAGGUUCCAUUUAUUCAUUUACUCCCUUAUUAUUUUAUAUGUACAAGUCAUCCCUGUCAACUGCCAAAUUUCCAGCUGUCCCCAUAUCUUUCUAAUUUUUUCCAUUCUCAGAACUUGGCUAAUUUUUGAAAAGCAUGUGUACUUGAAAGCAAACUGCAAGCAUUUUUACAUGAGCUGUGUACCAAGCAGGCCUUGACCCUCCCCGCAAGCAAGGCAGAGAGAUUACCAGACUCUGGGAUGCUCUCAAGGGACCUUGCGUGGCCAUCUGAGUUUCCAUGAGAUCUCACGAAAGCGCCCCAGAGCCCAGUAAGCCAGUUGGAAAGCUUAAAAGUUCUUCCAUGCAUUUCAUUUGCUCAAUUUCAGCUUUGUAAAGCUGAAAUCACGCAUGCUAGAAGCCAACCGGAUAAGUAACAAUACAACCUUUAGAAGUCAUCCGAAGGCAGCCCUGUAUAGUGAAGUUUUUUUUUAAUGUUUGAAGUUUUAUUAUGGUUUUCGUAUAUGCUGGAAGCCUCCCAAAGUUGCUGGGACAACCCAGUCAGAUGGGCAAGGUACAAAUAAUAAAAUUAUUAUUAUUAAGCUAAAUUUGCAUAAGUUAUGAUUGUAUUGUAGUAGAUUAAUUCUGUGCUCAUCAUGUAUGCCCAAAUAGGAACACUGUGUAUUUUAUAUAACUGAAUUAUUAUUUCGACUGCGUCAGACCAACAUGGCUACCUAUCUGAAUCUUGAAUAAUUAUUAUUAUUAUUAUUAUUAUUAUUAUUAUUUAACUAUACAGCCUUUAGAAGCCAUGUGAAGGUUUUUUUUAAUGUUUUAUUUUGUUUUCAUAUAUGUUGGAAGUGGCUGGGGCAACAGACGGGUGGGGCACACAAAUAAUAAUAAUAAUAGUAAAUAAUUGAAUUUAUAUACUGCCCUAUACCUGCAGGUCUCAAGAAAUAAAGUCAAAAUAUAAAAUCACAAAAUGCAUAAUCAAAAUAAAAUCAACUAUUAUUUAUUUAUUUAUUUAUUUAGGGUGCUUGUGUCUUCCUUGCAACUUAGCAGUUUGUGUUCUUGUUAUCUAAAUAUAAUAGAUAGUUAAGUUUUGGCAUGUAUAUAAAAUAACCAGUUGUUGAAGUAUUUGGGAGUAAUGGGGAUGGGACCCUGCAUAUACACCUAUUAUAAAUGAUUUAUUAUUCAGUUUGUGCACCUCAGGACACUCUUUCUAUAUAAAAAAGGGCAUGCUUCACUGCAAGUGCUGUCAUCCUCUUGUGUGCUUCCCAUUUAGUGAGAUGGACAAGCAGAAAUCUACAUUAGUGGAUGCUCUCUGUCGGAAAGGAAGUGCGUUGUCCGACCAAAUCCUGCAGUUUCAGGCCCAAGAAGGAGCUGUGUCAGGCGUUGCAGAAUCUAAAGAUGACCACCAGGAGGGUGGCUUGGAUGCUCUGGCAGAAACUUUCUGGGAAAUAACCAAAUGGACUGACCUGUUUGACACCAAGGUAUAUGGAAUUGGGGGAGCAAAAUUAGAUUCCUAUAACUGGAGGAGGGAAUCCUUCCUAUGCUGCUUAUAGAGACUGGUUUUCUAUGUAGUCUCAACUUUAGCCUUUGGUAAAGCAUUGGGGUUUUUAUUAUUAUUUUGGCCGCCUAAACUGUGUAUUCAUACACAGCAGAGAAUGCCAACAAAAUAACUGAAAUCUCUCAUUAUUGGUUUUUAAUGCAAAUUUGUAGGAUUGCAGCCAUUCGCCACAGCCAACUUCGUGGGGUUUGUUUGUUUGUUUUUUGACAAAAGCCUUACAAUUUUUCAUACUGUAGAUAACAAAAGCAUACAAUCAAAUCUGCAGAAAAAUAGUCCAGUUUUUAAAAUCGUGAAUGUUUUCAUAAGUGUAAGCAUUGUCUUGCUACAUCAGGCCAGAAAUGGUUUUGUACAGCCUUCCACUUGCAAGCCUCGCCAUCCAGGCAAUGACGAUUCCCCUCUUGGCUCUUCCACCUCUGUGUUUGGAUUUGAUAUCCCGCUUUAUCAUGCCCGAAGGAGUCUCAAAGGGGCUAACAUUCUCCUUUCCCUUCCUCCCCCACAACAAGCACUCUGUGAGGUGAGUGGGGCUGAGAGACUUCAGAGACGUGUGACUAGCCCAAGGUCACCCAGCAGCUGCAUGCAGAGGAGUGGGGAAUCGAACCCAGUUCACCAGAUUACAGUAUACCACACUUAACCACUACACCACACUGGCUGGUCCCCUAGUUCUUUGGGCCUGUUGCAGCCUUCACCAACCCAGUGAAUCAUGCAGCUGCUGGGAGUUGUAGCCCAAAGUGUCGGGAGAACAAAGUGUUGGAAAUGGCUGCUUUCCUGUAACUAAGCUUAAGUUAAGCACAUGUAGCUGAAAUAGUGUUGCCUUGUUUCCCUGGUGUUGAAUUUGAAAUGGUAAUCUCUUCAGGGCCUGGGACCUGUCCUCUUGCAAACUCCGCAAAGUGCCUGAUGGUACAAUGUAAAAUAACUUCUGUUCUUACAAAUAUUUAAUUUUGGAGGGAUCCUACAGCCUCACAGCUUUUGCUUUAGCAGCUUUAAGGAAUGAUUAACGUUAGGGCAGCUUCAGCCACCUAGGUGUGAAAUGGUCUUGUCUUCCCCAAACCUCUUGCACUGCUGGUGUCAAGUCUGAAAUAGAACAGGGGCUGGUGAAUUUUGGAGACCGAGAUGUUUGCCUGGCUUACAAAUCUCACCUUUUAUUUUGCACCCCGUGUAGGUUUUACCAUUUGCCUAUAAGCACGCCCUGGUAAAUAAAAUGUACGGCCGAGGUCUCAAAUUUGCAACAAAGCUUGCGGAAGAGAAACCUACCAAAGAAAACUUGAAGAAUUGCAUACUGGUAAGUAAUCUCCAUUAUUACCUAGGCUAACUCAAGGCUGCAUGCAAGUUUUGUUGGCAUUUCUGGUAGUUUAUGAAAAGGUUACAGCUCCCCCAAAAAGGUAGAGAAUCAGGUGUGUGCAUAUGUAAUCCCCCCUCCCCUUUUGGUACUUCAUAGAAAGCAGUUUUUUAAAAAGUCAACAUUUUUUAGUGGACUUUGUUUAAUCGUGGAAGGUGUAAAAGUGUACUUUAAUUUUUUUCUUCUUUAGCUAAUGAAGUUACUUGGAUGGACACACUGUGCAUCUUUCACUGAAAACUGGCUUCCCGUGAUGUAUCCACCCGAUUAUUGUGUGUUUUGAAAUUGCUGCCAUUGUAAAUCUGAGAUGUUCUUACGUUGUUUGGAUAUAAAGAUACAUUAUAUUACUGGAAUGCAUGUUUUCAUCCAUUAUUGAAUGCUUAUAUCGUGUGUUAUUAAUCAGAGGACAAGGGGGUUGUGUGAGGGUUCGGCUCCUGACAUCAAGGAGCCUAUUUAGGCUUAGAUAUUUAAUUUCUGGGUGUAACUCUUAGUUGCCCUAGAAAUAAAAACGUAUGAACAAAAUGUUUUGCAUACAUCGCAUUGCUGGCAAUGGGUGUUCCGAAAUAGCCAGCUCCAAGGAUUAGGAAAUGAAGAUGGGAAGGUUUCUUGCAUGUGUAUGUGGUUCUUAACUGUUUGUAAUUUUAACCACAAGCCUGUACAAGCGGUUCUUUUUACAAUGAGCAGGGUUUUAACAUUGAAGUUUUCAAUUGUAUGAAGGCCUUAAAAAAAAAAAGCUCCUUUGGAGUAGCUAAAACCUUAUUUAUUAGACUUAACAGUAAUGGAACAUAAUUACCAGUAUCACUUGCAAGAGUUUACAUUUUGAAUUUUUUUAAAAUUAAAAACUUUCACACUCACUGCAAAUGUAUUUUGAAUUGCUGGUGCAAAAGGUGCUCUUGAAUAUCUUCAACUCAGAGAUGCUCUCAAAUAUCCAUGUGUUGCAGAGUAUCGGAUAAACUGAUACAUGUAUAAACAGUCAGUUAACACUUAAAUCAGGUAUUGUAAAACUUAUACAUACAGAUAUGUUAAUAAUGUUUUGGGGGAGGGAAAUGUAAAACUGCUAAAUAAAUGUGCAAAUUUCAAGAUCAAAAACGUGCGCACUCUCAUACUUUUAAUUUUGUUAAUAAUAAAAACAAUUAAACAAAGCUGAGAUCUGUCCUAAUUUUUUCAAGAGUACCUAAAGGGAGGCGUUAGGAAAUCAAUGCUAUUUGCAGAGCUGAUGGAGGGAGGACACACAAUCUAGUCUAUAUGACUUCAUGGAGGCCGAGUAAAAAGUUACAUUUCAGCAUUGUAGCAAAUAUUGGUCACAGCGUAUAUGAUAUAUGCCUGUUAUUGAGACAACAAUUUGGCACUGCUUAUAGAACCAGAGGACUUUUAAAAGGACUCUAUAAAGCUAUAGCAUAGUAGCCCCAUUACCUGGAAUUGGUUUAUCCUUGUAGAAGCACAACCCUACAUUUUAAUCUGAAAUGCUGUGGCUUCAUUACACUACAGUUUAGUCAUGUUACUGGAGUUGCUUUCUGUAGUCACAUGGGAUUUACGGAGUAAAAUGGUCCUCUCUCCUUUCUGUUUCUAGCAACAGGAUGUGGGGUUAAGCUUUCAAGUCCAAUUAAAUCAGUUUUAUGGAAAAGCCUAGGGCAUAACAUCGUGGGUAGCUCCAAAAGGAUGCAGUUUGGUGGUGGUUGAACAUGUUCUGUUAAUCAUAUGGGGCAACAGCUGCAUAAGGAGUAGGAGAGCAUUUACUAAAAUCCACUUAUUUGACCCCCGUUGCAUACGGUCCUGCUUUUUAGGAUUACCCAUUGUUGGGAAAUAGAACCCCAAAGCCAACUUGAAUGCACCAGGCUGUUGUGAAGAAGAGGCUAAGUAACAUCUUUUAAAAACUACCGCUUUGUAAACUUUUAGGCUGCACCUGUUCUAGAUUGUGGCACUCUUUCGGAUCUUAAUUUUCCCUUACUGUGCCUUUGAACAACUUGACAUUUGAUUCUGGAAAUUCUGCUAGCUGCGUGAUAUUGAGAAUGUUGCCAACUCUGUCCAAAAAAUCGUAAUCUGUGCUGAAUCUGAAUUUGUUUGCCCAUAACAAGAUUGUCCCAGGCUGACAAAAGUAGCCUAUGGUGACUAACAGAGCUUCAAGAGCUGUGUGGUGGUACACCAGAUCAGUAGCCACAAUAAAAUCAUAGCGAUGGGUUGAUUUGGGGAAGUCUGCGUGGAGAUUCUCUCCCCAAACCAGCUUUCUUACUUCGGGCUUGUGAACGUUCAGGUUGCGCGUGUUUCUUGAAAUAUUGAACUCCAUAUUUUCAAGGACCUCGGGCAAGUCAGUAGCUGUCACAAAAGCACCUGAAAGAGAAUAAAAAUAAUUAGUCUUCCUUGAUAAUCUGAAGAGAGGCAAGACAGUUCUCUGUUUACAUUUUUGCUGUUCAGUGAUGUAAUCAUUACUGACUCGCUAGGCUUUCUGUCCUCUGCAGGAACAAGCAGCCAUUGCAGUCUCUGGAUAAAACUGCAGGA